GUAAAUUGCAUCUCAUUCUGGUGUGCUUUCUUUGCAGUUUACCAGGUCUUUGAAAGUGUGGCCAAGAAAUAUGAUGUCAUGAAUGAUUCCAUGACUCUAGGGAUUCAUCGAGUGUGGAAGGAUAUCCUUGUGCAUAAAAUGAACCCUUCUCCAGGAACAGUUCUUCUUGAUGUUGCUGGCGGAACAGGUGACAUCGCCUUUCGAUUUAUUAAUUAUGUUCGCUCUGUACGAGAACGCCAGCUCCAGCAGAAGCUUAAGCGCCAUCAGAAUUUAUCAUGGCAGGAAAUUUCUGAGAGUUACCGGGAAGACAAAUUUAAGUCCCUAGGGGAUUCUCAAGUGGUUGUCUGUGACAUUAACAAAGAAAUGUUAAAAGUUGGGAAGCAGAAGGCACAGCACCUUGGCUACUCCGAAGGUUUGUCGUGGGUACUUGGGAAUGCUGAAGAGUUGCCCUUUGAUGAUGAUAAGUUUGAUGUUUACACAAUUGCCUUUGGAAUCCGAAAUGUAACUCGUAUUGAUCUGGCACUUGAGGAGGCCUAUCGUGUGCUGAAACCAGGAGGAAGAUUUCUGUGCCUUGAAUUUAGUCACGUCAGCAACCCUCUUCUUUCCAGGCUCUAUGACUUAUACAGUUUCCAGGUUAUCCCUGUUCUGGGUGAGGUUAUCGCUGGUGACUGGAAGUCUUACCAGUAUCUAGUGGAGAGCAUCCGACGUUUCCCCCCUCAGGAGGAGUUGAAGGCAAUGAUAGAAGAUGCAGGCUUUUUAAAAGUGGAUUAUCAGAAUUUAAACUUGGGCAUUGUUGCCAUUCACUCAGGUUUUAAACUGUGAGUCUACUAUGUAGCAAAACACAGGAAGUGUAACUUUCCUGAGGAAUAUGAAAACUGUGGAAUUUUAA